AUGCCGUCACCACUUGACGAUCUUCACGAGGUCCGCCUCCAUGGCCUCAACAAGAGUAUCACGACUGAGGCUCUCGGCGAGUUCCUGGGCAAGGGUGUAGUCCGUGUUCGCGGUAUCAUUCUCCACCCCCAGCAGGCCACCGGGUUCCAGUGGGCUCAGACCUGGGUCGAGACCGAGGUCGAGGUGGCUAGCCUGCUCGGCCUUCGCGAGUCCCUCGCCGCCAAUGGCAUCAUCUCUCGCUUCAAGGUUCCCGACAGAAAGGCCAGCAUCACGCCGCCGCAGACCUCGUGGGACGCCCUUAGCCAGCUCUCCAAGACCCCUCGUUCUCAGCCUACCCCUGGUCUUCUGGGCGGACUCCGCACGUCGUUUGAGGAGCAGUACGACCCUCGCGACCCGCACGCUCCACUCCCUAGGAACCUAUACAUCCUCAACCUCCCCAUCGAGCUCACCCAGAUCGAGUUCAAGGACCUGUUCCUUUCCUUCGGGUCAGUGGAGCACUCUAUUCUUCUCUCACAGCUAGAUGGCAUGGGACGCCGGAGGGGCUUCGUUCUCAUGUCUUCUCACCGCGAGGCCAUGGACGUCAUUCACCAGAUGCACGGCAAGUGGAUCGAGGGAAUGAAGCUCGAUGUCUCAUGGGCGCUUGUGCAGCGCGAGGCCAAGAACAUGCCUCAGAGUAAGCUCCAGCACCUGGCUACCGUGCUGACUCUAGACACUCUCCCCAACCGCGUUAUUCACCCUCCAACGUCGCCACAGCGUGUCCGCGAGUCUGUGACGGAUUCCACUGUCAUUGUUGAGAACCUUGACGCCAAGUUCUUCCCCGACACUGAGACGGUGGCCGCCAUCUUUCAGCCGUUUGGACCCAUCGCUCGCGUGAUGCGGCUGUCCGACUCCCCCUUCAGCGUCGCCAUUCAGUUCGAGCACGCCAUCUCGGCUGUGGCUCUGAUCAGCGCCAAUGGGCUUCAGCUCGGUGACCGUAUCCUCCAGACCCGUCCAUUCUCGGCGGACACCAACUCGAACUUCAACCCAUUCUCCGACCUUGGCUACGAUGUCAAGGGCCGACCAAUGGCUGGCCGCCUGUCGCCGCUCCCUCCGCGCCACACUCGCCUCAAUGCCGACUCGCAGCCGUUCAUCCCCACGUUCAAGCCAGCGGCCGCCGAGGUCCUCAAGUCGAGCGCCUUCUCCUCGGUGCUUGCCACCAUCCAAAAGGGUUCCAGCAGCAACCUGUCGAGCGACCUUGACCGCGAUUCCCAGUCGUCGAGCCCUCACUCGGCCCGUACCGGCAGCCACAGUGCUACCGCCGGCGUCAAGCUCGAGCACUAG